AUGCAACGUGUCCAACAACUCCGCCCAUUGCUCCCAAAGGGACAUGUCACCUAUUAUAAGGACCAACUUCUGAUCGUAAAAGGAGAAAAACAGUUCCUUUUUGAUUCAAAUGGAAAGAAAUAUCUCGAUUUCUUCGGUGGAAUUGUUACAGUUUCUGUUGGACAUUGUCAUCCAAAAGUGAACGCUGCUCUCACCGAACAAUCUAAAAAGUUGUGGCACACGACAUCCAUCUAUCACACGGAGCCAAUCUAUGAGUACGCUCAGAAAUUGCUUGGAAAAUUUCCGAGCAAACUGAAUACAGUAUUCUUUGUUAACUCUGGUUCCGAAGCCAAUGAUUUGGCUCUUGCUCUCGCCCGUAACUACACAGGUCGUUUCGAUGUGAUCUCAAUGAGAAAUGGAUAUCACGGAAUGACUCAAACCGUUCUCGGAGCCACUAAUUUGGGUAACUGGAAACCAGUUUUUCCUCACGGAUUCAACAUUUUCAAAUCACUCAACGCCGAUCCAUACCGUGGAAUUUUCGGAGGAAGCAACUGUCGAGACUCCCCAAUUCAAGUGAAAAACAGAAGGUGUGGAUGUGCUCCAGGAGUUUGUGAGGCUUCUGAAAAAUAUGUCGAGCAAUUUGAGGAAAUGCUUCUUCACGAUUUUUCUCAUUCGUCUGGACCAGCCGCAUUCUUGAUUGAAUCGAUUCAAGGAGUUGGAGGAACUGUACAGUAUCCACAUGGAUAUCUCAAAAAGUCAUACGAAGCUGUGCAAAAACGCGGCGGAAUCGCUAUUGCCGAUGAGGUACAAACCGGAUUCGGACGUCUCGGAUCACACUUCUGGGGAUUCGAAUCCCAAGACGCAAUGCCAGACAUGGUGACAAUGGCCAAGGGAAUCGGAAACGGAUUCCCAUUGGGAGCUGUUGUGACCACUAAAGAAAUCGCCGACUCUUUCAACAAAUCCCUUUAUUUCAAUACUUAUGGAGGAAAUCCAUUGGCUUCAGUCGUCGGAAAAGCUGUUUUAGAGGUUAUUGAAGAAGAGAAGCUUCAGGAAAAUUGUGCAGUUGUUGGAGAUUAUUUCUUGAAACAAUUGGCUGCUUUGGACGAGAAAGCAAUUGGAGACGUUAGAGGAAAGGGACUCAUGAUCGGUGUGGAGUUGAUCGAUGAACAAGGAAAACCAUUGGCCGCUGCCAAGACUGCUGCUAUUUUUGAAGACACCAAGAAUCACGGACUUUUGAUCGGAAAAGGAGGAAUUCAUGGAAACGUUCUCCGUAUUAAACCACCAAUGUGCAUUACCAAACAAGAUGUUGAUUUUGCUGUUGACAUCAUCGCCAAAUCCAUCAAACAAUUCAAAUAA